UGGUGGUGACAUAGAAUAAGGAAGAAGAAAGGUGAUAUAUUUUGGAAGAUUUUGCACCAAGGCCAUGCUUCCCCACUAAACAAGUGCACUUUUCUAAUUCCCACUAGAGCUAAAAAUUGAAAUUAAAAAGUCUAAAAGCUCCAAAACUAGGCGUGCUUUUCUCACAAAACAUGGGUCCUUAUUGAUAUUGGACAUUUUUCCCUGUGCAAGGGGCCAACUAAGGGAACAAAAACUACAGAAGCUUGAGGUGCCACGUGGCCACCUAAGAAUAGCUUCUAUUCACCAAUGUAGCCACAAUUCCACAGUAUAAAUACAACAAGUGUAACCCACAUUAUCCAAAUACCACUUAAACACCUCAUAAACACUCACACUCGCUCUCUCAUUCUGUGAUUUAUAAUAAUCACAUGGCUGAAUUCACAGAAAAUUUGCAACUUCAAAGCAUUAGACCCUCCUCUUUUCCAUUCUUAGACAUUGAUCCAAGCAUGGAACUCAUAAACCAAUUCAUUGGGAUCAACCAACAUGUCAUAGACAACUCAAACUUGACUAUGCACAACUUGAUGCCAUUUUCCUGUGACACCUUCUUGGGCCCUCAAGAACCUGAGUUUCCGGGAAACUUGGACGAAAAUUUCCCUGCCCUUGUUCAUCAUGUCAACCACAAUGCACUUCCUGUUUCUCUCCCCAUUUUCCAAGCAGAAAAUGAGAUCCAUGAAGGUAAAAAGAGGAAAUCACUGGAUCUUCCAGAGACUAGUUCAGCUAACUCAACUCCUGCAGUUUCUGAGAGUGGAAGCAAGAUAAAACAAGGUUCUGGAAAAGGAAAGAGAGCAAAAAGCAAUGUGACAGAAGAGGAGAAAGCAAAGGAAGUGGUUCAUGUAAGAGCCAGAAGAGGUCAAGCUACUGAUAGCCACAGUUUAGCAGAAAGGGUUAGAAGAGGGAAAAUCAAUGAGAAAUUAAGGUGCUUACAGAACAUUGUUCCAGGAUGUUACAAGACCAUGGGCAUGGCAGUAAUGUUGGAUGAAAUCAUAAACUAUGUGCAGUCCUUGCAGCAUCAAGUAGAGUUCCUUUCUCUGAAACUCACUGCAGCAAGUACCUUUUAUGACUUCAAUUCCGAGACAGAUGCUUUAGAAACAAUGCAGAGAGCAAGAGCAUCAGAGGCAAAAGAGUUAGGGAGGUAUAAGAGAGAAGGGUAUGGAGGAGUUUCUUGCUUUCAACCAAGUUGGCCACUUUGACUUCAGUUUUGGAAGUUUUAAUGUUUUAACUCAGCAGCCAUACAAGACAUGAGAUCACACUUCAUCUGCUAUUUUACUUUUACUUUCUACAAAGAUCAAUUUGUUUCCACUCUGUGGACAUUCUUGCUUGUACAAUCCUUCAGACAUGUGUAGAAAUCAAAUGGAAGUUAAUAAAAAGAAGAAAAAAAACUCACAUUUCAUAUA